UGAUUCUUGUCAUGUGACUUAAAAUUAUUUUCAAAAUGGCUGCGCCCAUAGGCUUCUUGUUUGUAUUAUGCUUACAAAUAGUGUUAGUGUUUUCGGGGAUGUUGUAUCCAAGGAAUUCGAUGUCUCGCACAGUUUUUCAGAAUAUAGACGGCAUGUGGAACUUUAGAAUCGAUGCAUCAGAGAGUCGAUUCCAGGGAUUCAGUGAAAAAUGGUACACAAGACCCCUUAAACAGAGUGGGCCAGUUAUUCCUAUGCCAGUCCCAGCCAGCUACAAUGACAUCACCCAGAGCAAAGAGCUGAGGGACUUUGUGGGAUGGGCGUGGUACGACAACGAAUUCUACGUCCCUCCAGAGCUUACAACAAAAAGAGUAGUGCUACGCAUCGACAGUGCUCAUUACAAUACCAUAGUUUGGGUGAAUGGACAAGAGGUGAUGCAACAUUUUGGGGGGCACCUGCCGUUUGAGGUGGAGUUGACCAAGUAUGAUGUACAAGGUCCAAAUAGAGUGACUGUAGCCAUAAAUAACACCCUGACCCCCACAACACUACCCCCGGGGACAAUAGAAUACAAAAAUGACCCCCUUAAGUACCCAAAAGGAUAUUUUGUCCAAAAUCUUCAGAUGGAUUUUUUCAAUUAUGCAGGAAUUCACAGAUCAGUUAAAGUAUAUACCACCCCAAAAGUUUAUAUUGAUGACAUCACCAUAGUUACUGGAAUUCAGGGAACCAAUGGCGUGGUGAGUUAUACAGUGAAGUCGACUCCAGCCUCCUCGGCCCAGUCUGUCCAUGUGGUCAUCUUGGAUAGGGAGGGGAGAUCCGUGGGAGAAAGCGGACAGAGUCAGGGGCAGAUAACUGUUCACAAUGCCAAUCUAUGGUGGCCCUACUCGAUGGUUACUUCAGCCAAUGAGACUGCUUACCUCUACACGUUCAAGGUGACCUUGACCUCAAACUCGGGGGUGACUGACCAAUACAGUCUACCAUUUGGAAUCCGCACUGUGUCAGCCACUAGCACUCAGCUACUUCUAAACAAUAAACCGUUCUACUGCCACGGAGUGGCCAAGCAUGAGGACGCAGAUAUCAGAGGUAAAGGGCUGGACUUCCCUCUGAUAGCCAAGGACUUUAACCUGCUGAGAUGGCUGGGGGCCAACUGUAUCCGGACCUCUCAUUAUCCGUACGCGGAGGAAAUCAUGGACCAAGCGGACCAGCAGGGAGUGGUGGUGAUUGAUGAAAGCCCCGGGGUGGGGAUCCAUAAAGGAAAUUUCGGGAACGAGUCUCUUUCGCACCACCUGCAGGUCAUGGAGGAGAUGAUCCAGCGGGACAAGAAUCGGCCGGCGGUCAUCAUGUGGUCCAUGGCCAACGAACCCCAGUCUGGACUCCCUGAGGCAGAGUUUUAUUUCAAAACGAUAUCUCAGUUUGUCAAGAAGAUGGACCCCACUCGACUCGUCACGUUCGUGGCUAAUGCUGACUACCAGGAAGAGAAGGCUGCCCAGUACAAUGACAUUCUGUGUAUCAACCGGUACUUUGCGUGGUACUCUGACUGUUCCCACACAGAGCUCAUCAACCUACAACUGACCAAUGACCUGCAAGCCUUCCACAGCAAAUACAGAAAACCAGUUAUUGUCACAGAGUAUGGGGCAGACACCAUUCCGGGACUUCACCAGGAUCCAUCUUUCGUGUUUACAGAGGAAUUUCAGGUGGAGUUUCUUACGGAAUAUCACAAGGUUUUUGACAGAUUGAAGAAAGAGUUCUUGGUUGGUGAGAUGGUGUGGAACUUUGCUGACUUCAUGACACUGCAACAGAUAACCCGUGUUGUCGGAAACAAGAAGGGUUUAUUUACUCGGCAAAGACAGCCCAAGAUGUCUGCUCACGUGAUGAGGUCACGCUAUCACGGUCUGAUGCACUCCAACGCCACCCAACAUAGCUACGCCCAGGGGCACGCAACAGUCAGUUCAAAGUUCACCCCACCAGUUGUAUUUCCUGUCGGGUGAACUGAAGCAAUUGCUGCUAUUGCCUAUUGUGUAUAACAGAGAAAGUAUUUUAUGAUUUGGGGGUUUGGUAGUGAUGUCAAAUCACGUGCGCAACAUUGCUGUUGUCUUAAGGAUCCUUGACACCCUGUGACUUCUACUUUUUAUGACAGUACGUCACAACAUGGCAAUUUUAGCGCAUUGUGAAACCGUUUAUAUUGGCAAUGCCAAAAUUGUUGUCUAUCUCUGUGGCACAGUAGAUGUUGCCUCGGUUAACUAACCAGCAGGUCCCAAGAUUGAAUACUGCAGGGACUUUUAUUUUCGUCUACAGCGGUAAAAUUUAAAAAGUAGAUUUUUUCCCGGGAUAUUAAAAUUUUUUUGGGGUCAUUUUUAAGUCCACACACAUGCUAAAAAUCCAUAUCUUUAAGUAAUUAGAAGAAUGGGCUUGUAUGCAUAACUUUUCCCCAGAGGACUCUUAAAGAAGUAUUGGGAGAAACUCUUUAACGUAGAUGUAGCAAACUAUGACUGAUUUUAUCAUUGUGGCGAGUAAAUUAGGGUAACAUACCAUGACAUUAAUGUCAACAUUUGGGAUUAAGGUGGUGAUGCAAUGUCUAGCUGACGUCAUAUAUCCCAAAAUGUGUUCUGCAACGAUUUCAUCAUCAGUGAUGUCAGGUUUAUAGAUAACAAAUUAUGAUACUAAUUUUAUGAUGGGGGUUAUGGUAUUUAACCAAGGUCGUGAGUUACCAAUAAUGACAAUGGGGAUAAUGGCGUGUUGUUAUAUCAUGUGUUGCACAUCAUAACAAUAUUUAAUUGUUUGGGUAUUGGAAGGGAUGCAAAAUUGUAUACAACAAAAUGUGACAAUAAUUUCAUCAUAAAGGGUCAUAGUAAUGAAUCUAGGUUAUAUGAAACGGACAUUGGCAUUAAUUCAUCAUUAUGGCAUCGGAAGGGCUGCCAGAUCAUGGUAUUUAACCGUGAUAAUAAUGUCAUCACGGGAUAUUGGCAGUAAAGCACGGUUGUGUUGGAUAUAUCAUGACAUGUAAUAACCAGUGUUAUGACAACAGUUCAUCAUUGAGGGCGUCUGUUGUGAUGCUUGAUCACGUAUAACAAUUUAUGAAUAUAAUUUUAUCAUUCAAUUACCGGAGGCGUGUUCAACAGAGCGAGCGCUCGCCAAAAUUUCCUAUUCCCGCAGCGCAAAUUUUGGCGAGCGCUCGCAAGCGCUCUCUCUGCUGAACACGCUCUGAUAUGGUGCUAUGGACACGUGGUGUCUAAUUUGGUUGUGUCAGCGAGAUGCUUGCUAGUUUGUUAGAAACUGCGUUCACAAAUUAAGCAUGUAAUAAUCAGUUAAAUAGUAUUAGUGAGAUAGGGACGACUGAAUGAUAUAAAUUUGUUCUUGAUAGAUAGAGUUUAUGGCGAGAUUCCUGUUUAGUGGGAGUAUAGAAUGAGAUAUUUGUUAUUAUAAUAAUGGGUGUUUAGUUUGGAGUACUGAGAGAAAGUGCUUGAUAUAUAACCCAGGGUGAGAGACAUUAAAAAUCAUAUUACAAACACAGAGCGGUUCAGAAUUACGUAAAAUUGCGUUAGGAGUUUUGAGUGGAUAUGAAUUACAUGUAUAAGUAAAUUAUAUAAGUUAGGAGCAAUAGAUAUGUUACGUGAUAUUAAUGAGGAGUGUUGCCAGAGAUGCACUAUAUACUGUAAAUGAAAUAUUGAGAAACACCUGUUAUAUAAUGAUAAGAGUAUUGGUUAGAUAAGUGAUAGUUUAUUGUGCUUGAUAGUUUUUUUUAAAAAAUAGAAAAUUAAUUUUUUUUUAAAUUAUUUUGUGAAGUGAUACACUGUAUGACUCUUACAUUGUAAACUUUGUAGAACAACGGUGAAACUCUACAAAUUCAUACUGUAACUAUGCAUGAAAAAAUUAUUGAACUUUAUUUUAAAGGGGCAUGGUCACGAUUUUGGUCAAAUUCUAUUUUUAUGUUUUUACUAUUAACAAUGCUUUAGAAAUGCAUUUCUAAUGAUCAAAUAAAAUUUGAGUCACUUGUAGAGUUAUAAGCAAGAUACUGGGCUCACAAUUCUUUGUCAUGUAAACAAGGCUCGUGCCCUGUUUUUGUUUACAUAGGUUCAAUAUACCAGUAAAAAAUCUUUUUCCAGCUUAUUUAUCUAUCUUUUUAUUCAUUUUAAGCAUAGAUAAAUAGUUCCUAGCAUUUAAUACAUUCGUUUUAGGUUUAAAACUGAAAAUUUUACUUCAACGUUCAAAAUGUAAACAAACGCUUUGUUUACAUAACGAAGAAUUUCAAGCUCUGUAACUCGCUUAUAAGUCAACAAAUGACACUCAAACUUCGGUUGCCUAUUAAAAAUGCCUUUCGGAAGUAUUGUAGAUAUUAAAAUCGGAAAAAUAAUUUUUGACCAAAAUCGUGACCAUGCCCCUUUAAAGGGUAUUUGUGAAUACGCAAUCAGUGUAUGGAUUUAUUGACUAAUCUGUGGGAAAAAUAAUCAAGAAUAGUGAAAAUCGCAUUACGGAUGUGAAAGGGUGGUAAAUUUCUAAUGGGAGUGAGUAAGUUUUCCAGUUCAGAUUACUCAUUUAGAUUAGGAUACUGGCGUUGCGUCGAGUGACUUAAAUACUUGUAAACAUUUACUUAGUGCAUGUUUGUACAUCCCUGUUUUGUUUUGUUUAUGUUGGGAUUACAAUGUAUAUCACUGAACAUUUGUAUCAAGCCCGUGCCAAAGAUGUCAAAAUAUGUACAUUCAUUCACAAUAAAGUUGAAAAACAUAAAA